UUUCUGCUUAGCGCUGACGUGUAAGUGUAGUACCACAAUCCCACCAAGGAGCGGCGCUCACGCGGACAUGUCCAGUCGUCAACGAUGGAAAAUGUCCAUUUCAGAUGCUGUGUGCACUUUCAGCGUCCUAUAUAAUGUAUGCUAAAUGCUAAGAUGUACAACCAAUGUUUUGGUUGUACUUAAAGUCCUUAUACCCUCCCGGUGUCUUCUGUCCCCUCCUCCUCCUCCUCCUCCUGCCCCUUCUCCUCCUCCUCGUCUUCCUCCUCCAUUGAAAACAAACGUUGCAUUCAUCCAGUUCAGACUGCAGACUCUCCUUGCCGCAGGAACUUCCACUUUACUUUGGAGCAGCAGGCGAGCAGCCCGCUCCGGUCAAGCCGACAAUGUGGAGAGUGUACGGGCUGGUUUGCGCGUGGUGUCUCGCCCUCCUCGCCCAAGUCUGUAGCUCGCAGUCCCAGAGAAGACCCUCUUUUACAUGUGGGGGAAACAUCACUGGGCAAUCUGGAAUAAUCGGGAGUCAGGGGUACCCAGGAGUUUACCCUCCAAAUACGAAGUGCGUGUGGAGGAUCACAGUCCCAGAGGGCAAAGUGGUGGUGCUGUCGUUCCGCUUCCUCGACUUGGAGAACGACAGCCUGUGUCGCUACGACUAUGUGGAUGUGGACUACCCAGCCGGCGUCACCUGCUCCUGGCACAUAGUGGCACCAAAGAACCAGAUCAUUGAAGUCAAGUUUGAGAAGUUUGACGUGGAGCGAGAUAACUAUUGCCGCUACGACCACGUCUCCAUUUUCAACGGCGGCGAGAUCAACGACGCCAGGAGGAUCGGGAAGUACUGCGGAGACAGUCCCCCGGCUCCCAUGACUAACGUUACCAUCGACUCAACAGGGGAUCAGUACUGUGGGGGCAGAUUGGACAAACCAUCUGGAACGUUCAAAACUCCCAACUGGCCUGACAGGGACUACCCAGCCGGCGUCACCUGCUCCUGGCACAUAGUGGCACCAAAGAACCAGAUCAUUGAAGUCAAGUUUGAGAAGUUUGACGUGGAGCGAGAUAACUAUUGCCGCUACGACCACGUCUCCAUUUUCAACGGCGGCGAGAUCAACGACGCCAGGAGGAUCGGGAAGUACUGCGGAGACAGUCCCCCGGCGCCUGUGUUGUCGGAGGGCAACCAGCUCCUCGUCCAGUUCCUGUCGGACCUCAGCCUGACCGCGGACGGCUUCAUCGGGCACUACAAAUUCCGCCCCAAGAAGUUCUCCGUCACCACGACGCUGCCGCCGACCACCACGCAGCCGCUCACGACCAGGCCCAUACCCCUCAAGUACUCCGUGGCCCUGUGCCGUCAAAAGUGCAAACGACGAGGCACACUCGAGAGCAAUUUCUGCUCCAGCAACUUUGUGCUCACCGGCACGGUCAUCUCAGCGGUGACGCGCGGCGGGAGCGUACACGCCACCGUGUCCAUCAUUAAAGUGUACAAAGAAGGUAACCUGGCCAUCCAGCAGGCAGGGAAGACCAUGAGCACCAAGAUGGUCAUCCUGUGUAAGAAGUGCCCGUUCGUCAGGAGAGGCCUGAACUACAUCUUCAUGGGCCACGUGGAUGAGGAGGGCCUGGGCAAGGUGGGCCCGCACCACUUCGUGCUGGCCUUCAAGAGCAAGAACCAGAAGGCGCUCAGCAUGCUGAAGAACAAGCGCUGCUGAGGAGCGCCGGCAGCGUCUGACGACGGCUACUCGGGCAAAACUUUGCUUCCAUUUCCCUUCAUUUAUCAUGCAUCAUACACGGAGCUAAUAUAGAAUCCCAAAAUAAAUCAGCGAAUAAAUGUCUACUUAUUAAAAUGAGAGUAAUAUAUAUAUAUAUAUAUAAAAAUGUUAAAAUAUUUAAUGAGAAAAAAGUAACAAUUAAAAAUAUUGAAUUCAAUAGAGUUAAUUUAAGAAUGUUUUUUUUUUUUUAAUCGCUGAGGUUAACCCUUUCAAGCACCCUGUUACCUGAUAAGAUGUCCAUUGUAGUACCCGCUGUCCCCAAAAGGGUUAAAAUGAGUACUAAAGUAUGUUAAUGGACCAAUGAAAAAAAAAAAAAAAAAACAAUAAAAAUUUACGUUUAAAUUUUUUCAUGUUUUUUUUUUUUUUUUUAACAACCAAGCACAAUUCUUCCCGGCAAUCGUUUGCUGGUCUCGGAAAGAGUGCAAAGGAGCAUUAGAGCCACUCUGAAAAGUAUAAGAGUCAAAAGAUGUCACUAUGAGAUUCAAGUCAUACUCUCACGAGAAUAAACAUCAGUAAUCAGUAUUCCGUCUUUGUAAUAUUAAAGCUUCAAUCUCGAAAAUAGGACAUUUUAUUUGGAAAAUAUACCGAUUUUCUUGUGAAACUAUGACUUUAGCCUCGACAAUAUAUUCUUUCAAUUAAAAAUAAAAAUGCGUGCCUUUUUUUUUCUUGAAAAUACACAAUGACCUAAUCUUGACAUAAUUUAAUUUGUCUUGGAAAUAUUUGAUUAUUCUUAAAAAUAGCCUUUUUGUCUUGAAAAAUAUAGAACUAAUCUUGAAAAUAUUCCAAAAUACAGCGUGCAACUUAUCCGCUCUCAAAAUAUACCAUUUAAUCAUAAAAAUGAUUUUUAAUCUCAAAAAUAUGCUUUUUUUCUCCAUGAGAUACUACUUGAAUCUUGAAAAUAUC